UUUUUCUUUUGGUGAUCUUUUACUUUUCUAUGAUCGUCUUCUCAGCCUUUUUCUUUGUUCCCCCCAUUUCCAUCUCAUCCUUCAUCCUUCUCUCUUUCUCUUACUCUCUGAGUCUGGCCUGACCUUCUCUUCGUUAAACCCGGUAAGCUUUCGCUCUUCUCUUCUCUUUCUCAUUUUCCUGCUGAAUUUCAUGCACACUGGAACUGGAGACCCCAAGUCGAUUUGACUGCCAGUUUUGAUCUCCGGAUCCACUUCAAACAAGGCCAUAUGAUGUUGCCUUUUUCCUUGAGUUUAAGCUCCAGUCGGUACCGAGUUCGUCGUAGCUCUAAUUUUUCGCGCCUGGAGUGAGUUUGAACUCACUAUGAUCCGAGUGUUGGAAGCCGACUCAUUGUUUGCUUUGACAAUUUUAAAACCUCUUCUGGUUUUUCUACUUUGAUUUCAAAUACUCGUCGCCUCGGUUGCAACGAACUGGAAUCUACCUUAUUCUUAGUUUGGAAUUCAAACAGAGUUGCUUCGAGUCUGAUCUGAGUCAAAAUUAAGAUUAGGAUUCCAACUGAAGAAGGAAAAUGAAUACGCAACUUUUGGAGAUUGAACCAAAGGAACUUGACUUCGUCUUUAUUCUGAGGAAGCAAUGCUCCUGCUCCGUUAGACUCACAAAUAAGACUGACCAGCAUGUUGCUUUCAAGGUUAAAACUACAUCUCCUAAGAAAUACUGCGUGCGGCCUAAUGUUGGCAUUAUUAUGCCCAAAGGAAGAUGUGAUUUUACAGUUACCAUGCAAGCUCAGCGCGAAGCCCCUCCUGAUUUGAUAUGCAGAGAUAAGUUCUUAAUUCAAAGCACAGCUGUCCCUGUUGGAACAAAUGAUGAGGACAUUACAUCUGCCACAUUUGUCAAGGACAGUGGAAGAUCUAUUGAAGAGCACAAGCUUAAGGUUGCUUUUAUCAGCCCGCCUCAUUCGCCAGUAUGGUCAACAAUUAAUGGGACCGUGAAUCAGGGAACAGAUUAUGUUGCUUCAAUACCAAAAGAGCCAGAAUUCAGUAGAAUUGGGAUUCAUGCACCAUUGCAGACGGUUGCCAAGGUUGAGGAACCAAAGAUGAUAAAUUUGGAAGAUUUAAAGCCAACAAAGGAUGUAGGGUUGAAGCCAAGAAAAGAUAUUAAUGAUGACUUAAAAUUAACAAAAUACACCGAGCUGAAACCAAAUAAUAAUUUUUUCAAUAGCAAGGAGUUAAAGCCAGCGAAAGAUGUGGAAGCAAAGCCAAGGGAGAAUGUUCUUGAUACUGAGGAAUUUAAGCCUGUGAAGGAAAAGAAGUUCAACGAAUUGAAGGAUGGUGAGGUGAAAAUAUUGAAGUCUGUGGAGGAGCUAAAGUUUGCCAAAGAUGUGGAGGAAAUGAAAUCAAAACUGACCGACCUUGAAUCUAAGCUAGGCGAGGCUGAAGCUACUAUCUCAAAACUGACCGAGGAGAGGAGGUUAAGCACUCAAGAGCGAAAGCCCUUAGAAGAAGAGCUGGCGUUAUUGAGGAAAAAGGCAAAUAUAAAAGGAGCUAAAGUGGGAUACCCUCUGUUAUUUGUUUGUUUGGUAGCACUCAUCAGUGUCUACAUCGGAUACUUGUUGGCACCAUUGACAAAGAGCAAGGCAUCCAUGUCAGAUCUUUACCAGCAAAUGCAAUAAUCAAAUACGAGAUUAACCCAUUGAUUCGGUAACUGUUUUACUUUUCUUUUUUUUGUUUAUAAUUUUUAUUUUUAUUGUCUUAGUAUUGUAAUUCUUGUGGAACUUUUAUCGAGCAAAUGCUAAGUUCUUGUUGAGGAUCAAAUUAGAUGUUGAAUUCAUGGAUGCAAGUUUUUCCAUCAAAA